CAAGUUUUCAAUCAGUUUAAGACAGCCAACAGGGACUUGCCAAAAGACUGUGAUUUACAUUUUGCUCGAAUAUCUGUCCUGUUUCUAAAGAUAUUUGAAACCGAAACGACUGACUACAGACCAUCAACAUGAAACUCUUUCUCGUAGCUGUCUGUUGUGUGUUUGCGGCUAUGGCUAUGAUGGUAAGGAACGCGGAGGGCAUAGACGCUCUUCGGGACAUGUUCGAAAGAAAUAGGCAAAUAGCUGAAAGCCUUGCCCGUGAUGGCUCGCUGCCGGACUUCAACAGCGGCUCGCUCCCGGGAUUUAACAGUGGAUCACUUCCAGGCUUUAACAGCGGAUCGCUUCCAGGCUUUAGCAGCGGAGGUGCUGAUCCAUUUGGGGGUGCGAGUGCCAGGGCCGGUGGUAGGGGAGGAAAAGGCAAGGUUUUCCAAAAAUUAAUGAAGGGACUGAGAGACCUGAUAAAGAAACAGACUGAGAAUCAGAAGAAGGAUCCAGAAAUACCGGACGGACCACCUGAGCGGCUCGGGGGUAAUGACAGAGACGACCACACCAACAGACGUCCAGCUAUCGAGCGCACCGGGCCAUUCGGCCGCGAACACAAGAUACCCGGAACCGGUGGAAGAGAAAUCGAAGGGGCCUUCCACGGAGAUCGUACUGGCGCGGCAGUCCAGCAUGUACCGAGUUCUCGGGACAGCGCCAGAGAUCGCGGGGACCGGAACCGAGGCGGCCCAAGGGGAUCGAACGACCGUGGCCGGAGUCACAGGGAAAGGGGUUCAUCUGGUCGAUCGAUUGAACAUUAACUUUUUUUGUCUGUUCUCCUGGGACACAGUUGGAUCGGAAAUGUCUUGUAAACACAUACAUCGGCUAACGAGCGAUUUUUGUCACUGAAACGAACAAUCCAAAUAACUGCUUCCUGCGAUUAUAAUCGCUCGUCUGUGUGACCAAAAGAUCUCAUGUCUGUUGUAUUGGUGAAAUCAGAUAUUACAUUCUACGAGUUUUGUAAAUACUACGUUUUUCAUCUUUUUGCAAUAAAAUGAAUAACGAAAUGUA